AUGCGUCUCCAGGGAGGUGCUCGGACUCUGUCCUGGACUCGAGUGGUCCCUCGAGCUCACCGACAGACGCGAUUUGUGCAAAUUCGCGCCGCGCCUACUGGGGUGCCUUCGGUCAAUGGCGACAGCCUGCCCCUCGCUAGCACGCCCAGCUCUGUUGAAUCACGAGAUGCGCGAUUCGAUGUCAUCGGCGCUCCAUAUUCGCUCCUUUCGGUUUCGCUCUCCGCGUCGCAAAACCUAUACACACGACGAGGAACUCUGGUUGGAUUGAGCGGCAAGGCAGAUAAUGUGAUCUCGACCUUGAGCGUUCUAGAACCCUUCCGAAGGGCCGUUGUCGGAGUGCCCUUUCUCUACCAGAAGGUCUCUUCCGCAACCCCCGUCACAGCCCUUGUUUCCGUUCGGUCCCCUAACACUUCAUUCGCUGUGGUGAACGUCAAUGGAUCUGUGGACUGGAUGGUUGCCCAAAGACGGGCUUUGCUCGCAUGGACCGGCCGGUCUCUGUCUAUCAAACCAACUAUCAACACAAACCUGAGCUUGUCUCAUUGGGGUAGCUCCGAGGUAACAGGAAGAGGCUUAAUAGCGUUGGUUGGCAACGGACAGCUGUACUCAAUCGAAUUAAAGGACGGCGAGCAAUACAUUGCGCACCCCAGCAAUGUGGUCGCUUACACCAUGUCCUCCAACCCUCCCCGUCCCUACCGCUUCAAAUCUACCACCCUCAGCUUCCAGAUCCCAGGCCUGAAGACGCUGCCGAGACUACUGCAAAAUGCGAAGUUCAUCCGUGAUGUGUCCGACUCGAAGGCAUACAAGACCACGAUGCAGUGGCUCCACAAGCUACGCACCUGGUCCCGAGUGACCAUCUGGGGAGAUAGACUCUUCAUGCAGUUUGACGGACCCACCACCAUCCUCGUGCAAUCCCGCGGUCCCCGCAUCAACGACGUUCUAUCUGCGCAAGAAGUCAACGAAAUCGCCGAUGUUCCCCGUGGCCUCACUUCGCCCGCCUCUCAACCCGAGGCCGAAAAGGCCGCCAGCGAUAUCUCUGAGUUGACGCGCUCUGUCGAGCAACUGGAGCAGGAAAUCCAAGGCACCAGGCAGAGCGUUGCAAAGAUCCGCAAGGAUGGCAAGGCGGAGGUUGACGAGGCUGGCCGCAACUAA